AUGUCCUCUCCAAAAUCCCAGCGGUCCCCCAAAGACAAGGGCUCACCGAAGAGCAAGAGUUCGCCGAAAAAAUCUCCGAAGGGAAAUAAAUCGCCAAAAUACAAUGCAGACGAGGAUGAACAACCUUUCAUAUUUGUUCCACCCCCACGUCCACCACCUCCACCAGAUCCGCCAAAGGGCCCAUUGCUUUCACGAUUGCGUAGGCAAGUGUGGUACCCCUAUGCAAAUCGGAUCACGUUUGAAAAAAGAGAAUGGUUUUGGUCUCCCUAUUGCCCGGUCAUCACGAGCUGGGGUGACAUAUGGGUAACAGAUCCGCCUCAGAGGAGAAUUUUACGCUAUUACUUUGAUCCUGUCAGUGCAAAGAUCUCGUUAUGCUCACCAAAUGUAAUAGUUCGCGGCGAGCCAAGGAUGAUGAUUGAGAUACCGAAAACUGGAAGAAUGGCCGUACUUGUUACGUGUCCCACCGCAAAAAAAACCAUGUUAGUGCUUUACAGUCCUAUGGACCUGAAAGAAGAAGCGAAAAUUGACUUCAGAUAUGCUGCCCAAGAACCACCCUUACCUGAAAUCCCUGACUUGCCUGUGGAAAGUGAGUCGAAAAGGUGCGUAUUGGAAGAUGAUUGUACACCGAUAGGUCUUUGCGCCAACCGUGAUCUGUUGUUCGUCCUUUUUCAACCUAUUCAAAGAAUCAAGCUUUUCGAGCCAGCCUACUUGAAACCGAUUGAUGUACGCCUCGAAAAUGCAUACCCUGACGAAAGCACCUGUGUCCACCUGGCAUCGUCGGGUGGCUGUGCUGCUAGUGAGGAUAAACUAUUCCUAGCUUGCACGAGGCCUCCCAGAAUACAGGUGUUCUGGAUUUGCCGACAGAUGCUUUUAUCGAAACUUGAUCGGGUGGACUUGACGUGGUAUGCUGAGUUGGGGCUAGAUCGUCUAUCCAUUGGAGAACCAUUUGGUGUACAGGUCGACUCACUCGGUCUCGUUGUGGUUUCUGAUUCACGUGGCGGCUACAUGCGAGUGUAUAACGCGGACGAUAAACGUCCACCAGGACCUUGGUUGCCUUCCCUUCCUCAUGGUGAAACGUGUUACAUGGGCUCAUGGAAAGUUGAUCCUUACCAACACGUUAGACCCGGGCAUUUUAGUUUGGGCAAAAAUGGAACAGCAUGUGUGGUCGACCGUUGGGCUAAUAAACUUCACCUAAUAUGCGAUCGUACGGAACUGCGCUGGUAUGACGAAACCUUGCUAGCUCUGGAUGAUGCACUAUUUAUACGCCCGGUGGUCGAUCCCUUGAUGCCGAUGCAUGGGUUACCCCCACCGCCAGUUAUUGAUCCAUUUGUUGUCGGCGAUUUCAGAAGAACUGCCAGUCAGAUGUCCCUGGAAAUACCCGAAGAUGAAUUACUUCCAGAGUGGCUCAAAAAGAGGUAUGUGAAGGAAGAGGAGAUUGAGGCCAAAACAUCCUCACCAAAAGCAUCGCCAAAGGGGAAGAAAUCGCCAAAAGACAAGAGAAGUCCAAAAUCCGGUUCACCGAAGUCUAAGUCAUCAAAGAGCAAGAAGAGCAAA